GCCAAUAAAUAAAGGGGAGGAAAAGGCAGCGGGUUUUCCGGUACAAAGGACGAAGGAAGCAAAAGCUUGCUGGUCGCCACGUGGCGAUACUUUGAACCGUAGGAUCAACAUGAAGAAUGAUCAAUCCAUUUUGUGAGAGAGAGAGAGAGAGAGAUCAUCCCAUGACAUCCUUAGGCAGUGAAGAGAAGGGGGUCAGCUUAGUGACAACACAAACAAGAACAAGAGAAGCAUUGCUGAGUGAAGGCUAAAAAGGCACUGCAAAAUCAUCAGAGAGAGAGACUUAAAUUGGGUCAGGAGAGAGAGAGAGAGAGAGAGAGAGAGAGAGAGAGGGUAUGGCGGCGUUUGCAGAGAAGCAGAAGCAGCUGUAAUUCUGUGUAAAUGGUAAAGAAAAGGUACUGAAGGUGCGAUUAACGCUUUCUUUUCUUCAACCAAAAAAAGGGCCAACAAAACUAAUCAAGAAACUACUCACUAACCACUUGACACAGGUUUUUUAGAGAAGGAAGCAAGGUAGCUAGAGUGAGUGAGUGAGUAUGUGAGAAAGAGAAAGAAGAGAGAGGCAUUUUCACAUACACAAGACUCAAGAAAGCAGGGAACAAGAUUGUGUGAUACUACCACGAGUACUCUUACACUCUUGGAUCCUUCUUCUUCUUGUUUUUUUUCCAUUUUCUUUUUUCGAUUCAUAACCCAAAAUUCUGGAGAAUUUAAGGAGGGCCCUUCUGAUGUUUGCUGGGUGGUAAGCAAAAGACAAAGAAAGAGAGGUUUUCUUGAUUAUGGAUUUUCUCUCACAAUUGAGUUUUGGGUCAGGCUUAGAGGAGGAGAAAUGGCUGGCCUUUUCUCAUUAGGAAGAGGUAGCAGCAGCAGUAAUAACCAAGAAGACCAACAAAACAACAAUAAUCCACCAACUGAAAUUCCACAAGAAAGCUGGUUUUGGUACAAAAGUGAAGACAUUCCUUACAAAAGUUUUGAGCUAUGGCAGCAGCAGCAGCAUCAAGAGCUUCUUCACCAAAGACAUCAGAAUCCACAGCAAGAUCUCUACUCAUCAGCUGCUGGGUUAGGUGUAGGACCCAGUAGAACUUCAAUCAACAUCUCUGAUGAAUCCUCAUCAAGAUCAGCAGCAGCAGCAGAAGCUUUCAUGAUGAUGAGGCCUGGUGGUUCUGGAACAGGAGGAGCUGGUAGCAUAAGUUGCCAAGAUUGUGGCAACCAAGCAAAGAAAGAUUGUAUGCAUAUGAGGUGUAGGACUUGUUGUAAGAGUAGAGGAUUUGAGUGCCAAACCCAUGUGAAAAGUACUUGGGUUCCUGCCUCUAAGCGCCGUGAAAGACAGCAACAAUUAAAUCUUUUACAGCAACAGCAACAACUGCAAAUUCGUGGAGAGAAUCCUAAGAGACAGAGAGAAAAUCCAAGCUCUUCUCUUGCUUGCACUCGCUUAGCCAAUAGCAUGUCAGGGUUAGAACUUGGGAAUUUCCCUUCAGAAGUGAGCUCUCCUGCAUUAUUUCGUUGUGUAAGAGUGAGUGGCAUUGAUGAAAGUGAGGAGAUGUUAGCUUACCAAACUGCUGUUAACAUUGGAGGGCAUGUGUUUAAAGGAAUUCUUUAUGAUCAUGGGCCUGACAGCAACUACAUGGCACCCGGUGAGACAUCUUCUGGAGGUGGCGGAGUACAACCACUUAAUUUAAUCACAGCUGGCACAGCCACUGGUGGUGGUGGUGUAACGGUGGCUUCUACGACAGCCGCAUUUCUUGAUCCUUCAUCUUUAUAUCCAGCUCCACUGAACACUUUCAUGGCCGGUACGCAAUUCUUUCCGAAUCCAAGAUCAUGAAAACACCACAACAACAUUCUUGUCUUCCCUCUCUUUUAUAUUAGCAAGGUCUUUUCUUUUCCAGUCCAUUUUCCCAAAAAAAAAAAAAAAAAUGAUGAUGAUUAAAUGUAGUAAGAAGAGAAGUAAAUUUGACACAUCCAUUCAAGAAGUAGGAGUUAAAAAAGAAGAAGAAGAAUGAAUGCUGAUGAGAGGCACUGCUUAACAUGUUCUUGUUUUUGUGAAAAUUACGAUGCUAAGUUAUGAUUAUUAUUCUUCUUCUUUUUCUCUCUCUUUUUUCCCCUCACAUUCUCCCUUUCUUGUAUGUGAAAGAAAUCUAAAGUUUCUUUCUUGUGUUAGGACAGGAAAGGAAAGCAAGUAGGGAGGCAGUGCAGUAGUAAUGUAGUGAUGACAUGCUUCAUGUUUUCUUGUUUGUUUGAGUUAUAUAUUAUGUUUUGUCUUCCGGGGUUUGAAAUUGCAUUACGUUAGUUUUGGACUUGAACUUGCCUUUUUCCCUGUUUACCCGUAAGUUUGCCGGUUUGAAAUUGAAACGAAAAUUGGGUUUCGUCUUU